AAUGUAGGUCGACUACGCUCACAGAUUAUGCAUGCAGAAUAAAUGUUUCUUGGAUUAAUUUGGCUGGAAAAUGUUUUAAAGUGAUUAAAAACUUGACAAUUUGACGUCUAAGAUCCAGUGCAAAAUGUAGGAGACGAGCAGCUGAAGGAAUGGAGUUUUUUGCUGAAGUGAAGCGGCAGAGAGCCUGAAACUGUGUCAGCAGCUCUAAACUGUUCAGUCAGGAAGCAAGAGCGGCAAUGCGGAAGAUAAUAAGCAGCGGCGGGGUGUGAGAGCGUGUGUGAGAGAGUGUAAAACCGCGCAGAAGGGCGAGCCACGCCACUAAAGAGGGGUUCCCCAUACCGACAGAGUCAAAGAGUGCACAGGCUGCCAGAGGCGUUUCCCAGCUCAGAGCAACCAGCGGAGGACCCGGGGAGGAUCGGCAGAACUCCCAGAGUACCGGGGAGACUCCGUGGGAACGCUCUCACAGUGAAAUGACCAGAUUUGAAGGCUGAGCCGAAGCGGAGUUUCGCUUCUCGUCGUUGCACCUCUACGGGCAGAUCUCAAAUGCCUAAAGAGUGCCGGAGAAAGUCCUCCAAGGACUUCGGGUUUUCUGGGACUGGGAUAAGCGAUGGAGGCCGUGUAGAGAGAAGGACGGCCGGGAGAUCUCCACAGAUCUGCGCGGAGCAGAUCCAGAAAGCCGCAAUCGUCGCCGUGCCGCCCGCCGCGCCGGCGCUCAUGGAUGCGCCCUUGGUGCCGCAGGUCACCAUCACUUCGGACGCAGGCGGCACCUCCAGGGAGAUCCAGGAGGAAGACCUGGAUGGGGCCGUGGACGGAACCCUGCGUAGGAAGCUGUCCAACUCGUCCAUCUCCUCCACCGGAUCCUCCGCGGUGGAGUCUGAGGAUGAUCUGCUGAGCGACUCCGAGACUCAGAGCAAAGGCCUCGUCACUCUGGAGCACCUGGUUUGCGCAGAGAGUAAAGCUUGGAAGAAGCUGAAGACGUACAUCCGCUGGCCCUUGCAAGCUUCCCAAAAGAAGAAAGUAAACUGGGUCCAGCUAGCUGGUCAUAAGGGAAACUUCAAAGCUGCAGAAGAGGGCACCAUUCUGAAAAAGCUAUCAGAGAAUGAGAAGAAGUGUUUUGAGGAUCUGCAAAACGACGUGCUGGUCCAUUUUGUGCCGCACUACCAAGGAAUUGUGGAAAACGACGGAGAGUUCUUCGUGCAGAUGACCGACCUGCUGGCUGGCUUCGACCACCCAAACGUGAUGGACUGCAAAAUGGGAGUGAGGACAUACCUGGAGGAGGAGCUCGUCCGGGCGAGAGAGCGGCCCAAGCUUCGGGAGGACCUGUACAAGAAGAUGAUGGAGGUGGACAGCGAAGGCCCAACUCCUCAGGAGCAUUUCCAGCGCGGCAUCACCAAACCUUGCUACAUGCAGUGGAGGGACAGCAUGAGCUCCACCAACACGCUGGGCUUCAGGAUAGAAGGCAUCAAGAAAUACGACGGCACGUGUCGAACCGACUUCAAGAAAACCAGAUCGAAGCAGGACAUCAUCAAACUGUUCAAGGAAUUUGUCGAAGAGGACGUCAGCAUCAUUAAGUCUUACCUGGAGAGGCUGAGGGCGAUCCGGGACGCGCUGCAAAUAUCUGUCUUCUUCAAGAAACACGAGGUCAUCGGCAGCUCUCUCCUCUUCAUCCAUGUCUGCGGCCGUGCCGAUGUCUGGAUGAUUGACUUUGGGAAAACUUCAGCUCUGCCUGAAGGUCAGACUUUACGGCACGACGUUCCCUGGCAGGAAGGCAACCGAGAGGACGGAUACCUGUGGGGUUUGGAAAACCUCAUCCUCACGCUGGAGGCUGCUGGCAACGAAGGGAGCGGAGAAGAAACCAAAAACAACAGCCUAACUACAAACAUGGACUUUUAAAGGUGGAGGGAACUUCGGUUAUUUUAAAUGGACUCCUCAAAACGACUCUUCGGGUGGGGUUGCGUACCUUGAUUUGCUUAUACUGUCCCUUUGCACGUGACGUCACGGCCUUCAGAAAUCCGCCCGCUCCGCCAUGAUGAACGUCAAACAACCUAGACGCACCAGUUAACAGACACCUGUGCUCUUGAUUAAACUUUAAAAUGGUCGCUGUCGGCUGUACAGACAAGCGUGAAAACCUAACUUGUCAUUUUAUUUAUAACUUUUAAUGAGGGAAGUCACGGCGGCGACGGAUAUCAGCCGUUAAUCAUAAUGACUGGCUGCUCGGUGUAAUCGCCUAGCGUUACGUUCAUAUACUUUAUAAGUAAGUAUGAUUAGAAAGAUGAUAUACAAUGUCGCAUUAUGGAGAAGGUACGGGUCUAAACAUUGGUAACUAUGUGCCGUAAUGUAGCCUAGCAUGUAUGAUGGAAAAACUGGUUAGCAUCUCGUCUUGUACGUUUUUUAGGCUUCUUCGGUGUAAAGGGAAACGCCGUUCAUGACGUAGUGACAUAAAUCAUGUGAUGUGACCUCAGGCAAAGUCGAGUUGAAUUAGAUCGACACGUCACAGGAAGGAGGUGUAAGUCGGUUUCUAAGCGAGCUAUUAGUUUGGUGUUACGUUUUAGCAGGCGUAAACGUUUGGUUACGCCCGAUUACGUAAGCAAACACGCCAAACAGACAAAUUAGCCUAAGUUGGUUGCCAUAAAAAAGAAGACAAAGUAGAAGCCAUGAAUAAACUGGCAAAAAACAACCUGGGAAAACAAUUCCAGUCGUUCUGUUCAAUACUCCCAUCUCUCACUUCCGACGUCCAUCAUGGCGGCUCGAAUAAUUUAGUGACGCAGCGGAACUCGCUAAGUACCGACAAUGACAGAAACGGGCACAAUGGACGCAGAACAGAGGGAAGCAGAAAUAUUCUUAGAAUAAGUUAAUUAUUGCUCCAACACACUGACACUAAUUCAUCAUCCUGUGAAGUGAAAGCGCGGAGUUCCUGCUUUCAUUUUAACGGGAUGAAAGGGAGAAAAUCCAGACGAGAACCGGAGGAAAACGUUUGUCACAAAACACCGCAAAAGCCUUACAUGAACUACUGACAGACCUCACAGUUACUACAGCAUUACAGCACAGGGAGGCACCGAGUAGCUCAUGAGUUGUCUUUUCAAACUCUUUUUGCAUUUAAUUCAAUUUUGUAAUAAGACUCCAUCACUGGAUACAUCAUCACAUGUUGCAACACAUGGUUCAUUUAACAAAUUAAUAAUAAAAAGUAUAUAACUGUUGUGGAAAUAAAAUAAAUCAGUAUAUAUAUUAGAAA